CAAAGUACUAGUAUGAGAAAAAAAUGAAUAUUAAUAAGCUAUUAAUACUGAGGGAACUAAUAAUAUCUCUAAAGUAAUGUAUAUAAUGUCUUAAUAAGAAAGUUUGACAGUGUAAAAUGUUGACUGCAUGUCAGCAUGUAAUGAACUGGUAGAUUUAGUUGUGUUUGUAGAAUAUGCGGGGGUUCCUAAUUGCCAUUCACCAGAGUGAUCAUCGAGGCAUUCAGUACCUGUAAAACUUCAAUUACUGUAUCUUUAUAAACACCGAAAUUAAAUGAGGAUAGUGAAUACAGUUUUUUAAUAUUUCUUUAUUAUGGGUGAACGUUACCUCAAUUGAAUAAUGAACCUAUCUGGCCUUUGGAGUUUAUUUGGUGUGUUCACAGUCCUCUGUGGUUCGCGACAAGUGACAACAGCAGGUCGAGGCAUGAAGAAGGAUUCACUGCCUAAACAGGCGAGCAAGAGGCAGUCACUGGGAAAUAGGAUCAUGACUGGUCGGGAAAUCGUUCGAGACACAGACCCAGCUUCAGAAGCAGCUCUUGCUCAAGCCAAAGGUAAUCCCGGUGACAAGUCGAGUGAAUUUCUGACAAACAAUAAAGGAUAUCGUAAUUCUGGGUGUUAUAAAGAUACCGACAGCAGGGCCGUCCCAUCCAUGGAAGGCUCGGACCCUGAUUUGACUGGUUUUUACAAACAAAGACAAGAAUCAAUUUCAAAAUGCGCGGCUGUCGCCCGCCGUCGAGGCUAUCAGUUAUUUGCCAUUCAAAAUGGAGGUAUGUGUCUCUCUGGACCCAAAGCUCAAGAAACCUACAAGAUUCACGGUCUGGCAAGAAACUGUAAAGAUGGAAGAGGAGGCGAAUGGGCAAAUGAUGUGUACAUAUUUAAUGAUUUCCCCCUGAAACUACACAUAUUUACUGGUACAGAACCCGAAGCAGGAACUGAUGCAAACGUGUAUGUCACAUUUUCUGGAUCAAUGGGAACAUCUCGGAGGAUUUCACUCGCACCAGAGGACGCAAACCAAAACCUCUUCGAGGCCGGACAGAAAGAUGUGUUUAAUGUACACACGAUUCCUCUUGGAACAAUAUCCGGAAUUACAAUUGGUCAUGAUGACACUGGUAAAAAACCUGCUGACUGGUUCUUACAAAAGGUUGUUGUAAAAGAUGCCGCUAAUACGAUGUAUAAAUUUGACGUCAAUCGUUGGCUUUCCAAAAACAAAGAUGACUCGCAGAUUGAAAGAGAACUAAGCUUAACUGCGACCAUCACACCCGGAUCCUACAAGUCCAUGGGAUGUUUUAAAGAACGUACUGACGUGAACAAAGAAAGGGCAAUUCCAUCAUUGGAAGGCCGUGACGAUGUUUUAGAUGGAAUGGGAGCGAUCGGUUAUCGAGAUCGUGAGUUUCCUAUUGAGAAAUGUGCUGAUGCCGCUAAACGUAGAGGUUACGUAAUGUUUGCAAUCCAAGAUGGUGGUCUUUGUGCGACAAGUAAAGAAAUUCAAAACACAUAUGAUAUCUAUGGUAAAGGUGAUGAUUGCAUGAGAAAUGGAACUGGUUCGGCUUUCUCCUCUUCUGUGUAUACCUUUUCUGAUGAAGAACCUAGUUUUCGAGAUCCCGGGGAACAGGAGGCUGGAACAGAAGAAGGUUCAGAAAACACACAAAGUCAACCAGCGGUGCCUAGUGACCCUGCAAUGCAACUUGCUGGACAACUAUCUUCACCAGCAAAUAAAGAAGAUAGGCCUACGGCUAGUGAUACCACUUUAAACAAAAACAAGCUCACGUCAGCUGCAGAGACCACUACGUCUGGGGACAUAUCAAACACAGCAAGUACUGGUAAUCAGGGUGCUCCAUCAGGGGGGAGUGAAUCAAAUUCACAAGGGAUAUCCGGUGGUCAGGGGGAGACAAGGCCAGAUGCUGAGAAUGGAGUAAGCAGUAAAGGUCCAACCUUGGAACAGACGAAUGCGCCUGUAACAAGCGAAGGAAUAGAUGAAACGACUGAGAGAUUGCCAGAGAGUAAUCAAGAGGAAAGACAAAACAGGCCUUCAACAUCAGACAGAUCUGACGAAGGCAAGGAACCAGCUCCUGCUUUAGGCAAACCAAACUCGGUAGGAAAUCAACAGAACGAAAAUUCUCCGCGUGAGAUGAACAAUCCAAGUCAGAGUUCAAGGGUCACAAAAUACCCUGAAAUAACAGACACGACUCCUCAGGAAUCUAAGAUCCAUCCAGGCCGCGAAGAUAAUGAAAUAUCAAGGCCUGGAAACCCAGAUAAACUUGGGGAGAAAAACCCCGUAGGGGAAGAAGAAUCUCUGGGGGGGAAAGGACUCGCUCGAGGGAACGGAUCCCCAGAAGGAAAAGAAUCCGAGGAAAGAGAAGAAUCUCGAAUUAUCGAUAGAGCACCGCUCAUAGAGCCUUUGCACACAAAGGUGCAUAAGAUAGCACCGGAGACUAGGCUUCCCGGGGAAUUUAACUCCCCAUCAAGUGAUGGACAAAAUGUGAUAUUGAAAACAAAGCAAAAUCCUAUAUUAAGAAGGCCUUUUAGUAAACUAUUAGAUGCUCAACAAAGAAACAAAAUCAAGCACUUAUUAAAAAAGAAUAGGAAAUAGGACAAAACAAUGUUUUUAAGAAAUUAAUUAUAAAUUAUGAAUAGCUUUAUAAUAUAGAAUGUAAAUGCUGUUCCUAGUCGCUGAUUGGCUAAGAGCUUUCUUGAUACAAACCAGUGUAAGCACGUCUAAACUCACAUUUUCGUGUGUUAUAGUAUAGAAAUAUAUUAUAACAUACUAUUUUCCAUCGACACUUGUGAGAAACUUUGGAUGUCAUGUUUGGAAACAAUUUUCAUUUUUGCAGUUCCUCGAA